UUUUUGCAGGCUGGCCUGGUCCUGCGGCUGGUCCGCUGGGCUCCCCUGGACGGACAGUCCUCCCCGCUGGGCAGGGACCUGCUGCUCGCGGCCUCGCGGGAUCAGCUAUCAGGAGGCCGGGGAUGAUCCUCGAGGAGAGGCCGGACGGCCAGGGCACCGGCGAGGACAGCGCCCGGGUGCAGGCGGCCCCGAGCGUCCUCAAGGGCUGUGACUCCCUGGUGCAGACCCAGCAUGGCCAGCUGCAGAGCUGUAGGGCUCAUCUCCACCAGCAGAUCAGCAAGGAGCUGCGGAUGCGGGCAGGGGCUGAAAAUCUCUACAGAGCCACCAGCAACAGCUGGGUCAGAGAGACGGUUGCCUUGGAGCUGAGCUAUGUCAACUCCAACCUGCAGCUGCUGAAGGAGGAGCUGGCGGGGCUGGGUAGCAGUGUGGACAUGGACCAGCCAGAGAGUGAAAGUGUCACUGUUCCCAUGAUUCCCCUGGGUCUGAAGGAAACCAAGGAGUUGGACUGGGCCACAGCUCUGAAGGAGCUGAUCACAGAGCACUUUGGAGAGGAUGGUGCCUCCUAUGAGACAGAGAUCCAGGAACUAGAGGACUUGCGGCAGGCCACCCGGACCCCCAGCAGGGAUGAGGUGGGCCUGGAACUGCUGGCAGCCUACUACAGCCAGCUCUGCUUCCUGGAGGCGCGUUUCUUCAGCCCUGCCAGGAGCCCCGGGCUGCUCUUCCACUGGUACGACUCGCUCACAGGGGUCCCGGCACAGCAGCGAGCUCUGGCCUUCGAGAAGGGCAGUGUGCUGUUUAACAUUGGGGCACUCCACACGCAGAUUGGGGCACGGCAGAACCGCUCCUGUGCUGAGGGGACCAGUCACGCCACUGAGUCCUUCCAGAGGGCUGCUGGGGCCUUCAGACUCCUGAGGGAGAAGUUCUCCCAUGCACCAAGCCCAGACAUGAGUGCCACCUCUCUCUCCAUGCUGGAGCAGCUCAUGGCCGCCCAGGCACAGGAGUGCAUCUUCAAGGGCCUUUCUCUGUCAGCCUCUGCUGCCCCUGAUAGCUGCCAGGCCCAGCUGCACCUAGCUCAGGAGGCUGCCCAGGUGGCGACUGAGUAUGGGCUUGUCCAUCGGGCCAUGUCCCAGCCACCUGUUCAAGACUACGUGCCCGCCUCCUGGACCACCCUGGCGCAUGUCAAGGCUGAGCACUUCCGAGCCCUGGCCCACUACCAUGCAGCAAUGGCCCUUUGCAAAGGCUCCUCAGCAGCCAAGGGAGAACUCUCCAAGCAGGAGCAGAUCUUCCAGGCCCCAACUUCCCAUGAGCCCCGAGGCCCCACACUGCCACAGCAGCCGGAGGCGCGCAGGAGGCUCGCCAAGGCCCAUCUGAAGCGUGCCAUCCUGGGCCAAGAGGAGGCGCUGCGGCUGCAUGCUCUGUGCCGCGUCCUGCGCAAGGUGGACCUGCUGCACAUUGUGGUGACCCAGGCACUGAGGCGCUCACUGGCUAAGUACUCAGAGCUUGAGCGUGAGGAUGACUUCUUCGAGGCUGUGGAAGCCCCUGACAUCCAACCCAAGACCCACCAAGCGCCAGAGGUGAGAACACCCAGCCUGUCUCAGAUGAAAGUGACUGACAUCUUCCACCGCCUGGGACCCCUAUCUGUUUUCUCAACCAAGAAUCAGUGGCGGUUGUUAGGGCCUGUGCACAUGACCCGAGGAGAAACUGGCUUUGGCUUCACACUUCGGGGAGACUCACCUGUCCUCAUCGCUGCUGUAGUUCCCGGGGGUCAGGCUGAGGCUGCUGGCCUGAAGGAAGGUGACUACAUCGUGUCUGUGAACGGGCAGCCUUGCAAAUGGUGGAAACAUGUGGAGGUGGUGGCACAGCUGAGGGGCAUGGGUGAAGAGGGUGUGAACCUGCAGGUUGUGUCCCUAUUGCCUGGACCUGAGCCACGCAGCACGGGGGCCCGCCGGCCAGCACUGCUUCGGAGCCACAGAGAGUGUGGUUUUGAGACACCAACACCAGCACGUGCCAGACCCUGGCUUGUACUUGGCUGGAGCCGCAAGGCCAAGCAAGGCAAGAUGGGAGGCCAGCCCCAGCCCUGCACCAGCGGUGACUGUGGCACCUGCCCCUGAGCUGGGCACCCUGUACCUCUCUGUGCCCAGGGUGGCUAUAAGGGACAGAUUCCUGUGUACAUCAGCCCAUCACCAGCUCCAGAUGGCCAGAUACGCCUGGUGCAUUCUCUUCUUUACCCUGGGGGACCACCAGGCCAUCCCCACCUUGCUUAGAGACAGAGCUGCCCAUUUAAAUGCUGAGAUGAGAUGAGUCUGAACCCAGUGCUGGGGGCCAUGGCCACUUCACCCACUCCAACAAUGUGUCCCACUGCCCUCUGGACACAGUGUUCACACAGCUGCCCCUCGGAGGAGGAGGGCAGCAGGGAUGGUGCUGUCCUGAAGCAGACCUCUUGGCCCUAUGCCAAACCCCACUCACCUACUGCUUUCCUGGCUGUAACUCAGGUCCAGUUGCCCUGGGCACAUACACUUAGGGCCCUGCCCUAAAAAGAGCAAACUUAUGCCCAGUGCACGGCACCCCCUGGGUACCAUACACUGCCCUAAAUGGUUCUCUGGCUGGUCGGCCUCUCUCCAUGUAGGGACCCAGCCAAGGCCUUUUGCUUGCAGCCUUACAGCCCUCAACCCUCAGGGUUCCACCUUCCACCAAGCAAACAUGUCUUCUGUCUGCCUUGUGUCUACUGUAUCUGCUGUCUGUAUCACCUCUCCCAACCCAGACCCUAGUCCUCCAAGUGCCAUCAGCACUGCUGUCCCCAGGCUCCUCAGAAGGGUGGGUGGGCUCAGAACCUGGACUCCAGAGAGGGACAGAAUGAGAAGGGCCACGGGGGGAGCAGUGCCGAGCUGUGGGCAGCAGAAGCUGUUGGCGCUCUCCAAAGACCCUGGUGGGUUUGGGCUGGAAACAGAAUGGCUGGGGAUGAUGCAACUCAGUGGCAGAGCACUGCCCAGCAUGCAUGAAGCUCUGGGUUCAAGCCCCAGCACUAAAUUAAAAAUAAAAUGAUAAGGAAUGGCCGGCCAGACGUUGUUCCCUGCAACCGCCAGGGGGCAGCUGCUGCCCACUCAAGCGGUCCUAGGAGGCUGCAGAUCUUCCCCAGGGUGAAUCUAAAGAUCAAAGCGCCCAGUUCUGUAAUCAGUGACCCACACCCUUUGGUCCACCCUCUCCUGAGGGCCCCCAGGUGGGAGCAGCCCAUCCUAUGCGCCAGGUCUGGUUUCAAGUCCGUCUGGGUCCUGCUGUCUGUCACCCCUUGCACACAAUCAACCUUGUCAGGGUCCAGCGGGGAGGAAGGGUGACUGUAGGGUGUAGGCAUGUAAGUUUGGAAGGUCCAAACAGCUGUCCAUCUUCCAGUGCAGAAAGGAGAGGCUCCCAGGCCUGACUGGCCCUGGGGUGGGGCUCCAGAUGUGUCCUUCCCCAACCAUCUGCCCUCCUGGGACAAUCCCCAACUCAGCAGAACUGCCAAGGUCACUCAGGCUCUCUCAGCACUUUUUAAUUUGAUUAAUAAAACUGUGUGUCAAGGAG